AGCCAUGGACUCCGACGAACCGUACAAUGUGGCUUCCGACGAAGACUUUCUUGGCUUUGGCGACGUCCGGUCAACUAGCACCGCGGCGAAUUCCGAUCUUGAGGGCUUGGCGACCGGCGCGUGGUCCAGGAACGACGACGAAUCCGAAACGGUGAAAUAGGGGAAAAGCGACGUCGCCGAGAUGCUGCGGGGAUACGUGUCCCAACGGACGGUCGCGAUUGAGGACGUGGACGCUGACGUGGCGGUCAGAGUCGAAGAGCUGGACGGCAUUACACGACAUGUCGUUGUUUCUGGGCAAAAGCUUUCUCUAUCAGGUAUAGGUCGUUGUCUUUCUUUCAAUUUCUCUUUAGGGUUUUUGCUCGGACUCAUCCCUAGUCUAAUUGCAGUCCAUGGGGUUCGAGUAGAGCUGAGGCAAGGGGGCACACUCAGGGUUGGUGCUGGUGCUUCUAGCAGGCUCUAUAGGCUUCACUGGAUUCCUUCGAGCCACGCCUAUGAACAAGACGCACUCAGGGUUCAAAUUCAAACGCAAUGGAAGAUGAAACUAGAAUCUGGGCAGUUCCGAUUGCAGAAAGCUUUGUUGGACAAGCAACUUCAUCAGGUUUUCCAUAGAAAGACUGAAGAAGCAUCUGUGGCUACUAAACAGCUGAGGCGGCGCUUAGAAUCUCGCAAGGCUUUGUUGCUAAAAAGAGGUGGCAAAAAUGGGAAUAAUACAGCAACUCAGCUGAUGCAGGAAAUUGACCAUGAGGCUGAAGUCACAGAUCAGUUGAAUGAGCUAUGUGCUGUAUAUGAACGUCAAAUAGAAGAGAUGGCUGAGGAGGCUGAAAAGCUUAAAGAUGAAGUAGAGGCACUGCAACAAGAAAAGUCAAGGUGCUCAUGCCAGGAGAAGGAGGUUGACAGCUUCGAGAAGGAUUUAGAUAUAACAGGCCUGUCUGACCUGAAGGCUCAAGUAGCCAGCGUCAGUAGUAUGGUUGAGCAAUUAAGAUUGCACAAGGCUGAGCUUGAUCAUGGGAAGUUGCAGGUUUUGCAUAGAAAGACUGAAGAAGCAUCUGUGGCUACUAAACAGCAGAGACGGCUCUUAGAAUCUCACAAGGCUUUGUUGCUAAAAAGAGGUGGCAAAAAUGGGAAUAAUACAGCAACUCAGCUGAUGCAGGAAAUUGACCAUGAGGCUGAAGUCACAGAGCAGUUGAAUGAGCCAUGUGGUGUAUAUGAACAUCAAGUAGAAGAGAUGGCUGAGGAGGCUGAAAAGCUUAAAGAUGAAGUAGAGGCACUGCAACAAGAAAAGUCAAGGUGCUCAUGCCAGGAGAAAGAGGUUGACAGCUUCGAGAAGGAUUUAGAUAUAACAGACCUGUCUGACCUGGAGGCUCAAGUAGUCAGCGUCAGUAGUAUGGUUGAACAAUUAAGAUUGCACAAGGCUGAGCUUGAUCAUGGGAAGUCGCAGGACGUUAGGAGUCAGCAUACUGCAUCUGUUGGGAGUGGUUACAAGUUAGUGGAUGACAUCAGUCCAUCUGCAUCAGAAAAUUCCACAGUUGUAACAUCUGAAACUGCAUCUCCAGUUUGCUGCUCAUAUAGUAAGAAUUCUUUGUGCGAGACGAUGAAAUGCAAAUGUCGAUCCAAGGGUGGAAGCUGUGGUGCCUCAUGUGGCUGUGCAGUAUCUAAGUGCAGCAAUAGGAAAGCAGUCCCAAUCAAGUCGAGUGACUCGCCACUAUCAGAGAUUUCUAACGGCGUUCUGAAUAGUUCAAACACCAGUGAAACAGUGAAGAGUAGCAUAGAGGCUUCUGAAGGUGCAAUGCUACUUCAGAGUACACUAGUUCAGAAGGCUGCUGAACCAGAAGGAAACUUUGGAGCAAGAAAGAAACCCUUGACUGAAAUUGGGAACAUAUUGGUGAGUACAAAUGCUGCAAAACCUGGCCCACAAAAAAGGGAGAAAGCCAGCGAAUCAGCUUGUUAUUGUAGACCCAAUUUCCUCAGUACCAGUAAAUAUGGAAGGCCUAAAGGAAGCAGAAGGAAAUGACAGAUAAAAGAAGGUUGGUCCUUUGCGAGUAGAUGCCCCUUUUGGCUAGUGAAUUGAUUGAGAAAGUUCUCACACAAUAGCAGUGGCAAGAAAUUCCCCACUGUCCGUCAAGGCAAACAAACAGAGCAAGAAACCAACUUAUUUGUCUUUGUAAUCUCCCCUUUAGAUGUUGCCUUAAUUUCCUCGCUUACUGUCCAUGGAUGUAGUCCAUUAGAAUUUAUGGUGAACCACAUCAAAUUAUCUGUCCAGUGGAUUUUUGUUUUACUCUUCUUAUUUUGGCAAUACUUCAUACUUGUUUGUGCUUCUGCAUAACAAAGAUAACACAGUUGAGCAAACUGCUAAAUGUUUUAAAUUUAAAUUCUCUUAUUUUA